AUGCCGUUGAUGCUACAGUUCGUGAGUGGCUGUCCGAAUUCGCUGGCAAACAAUGGCAAACAAUUGCCACUGAUGCAACAGCUCGUGGUGGCUGUCCGAAUUCGCUGGCAAACAAUGGCAAACGAUGCCGUUGAUGCUACAGUUCCUCGUGUGCUGCUGUCCGAAUUCGCUGGCAAACAAUGGCAAACGAUGCCGUUGAUUCAACAGCUCGUGUGCUGCUGUCCGAAUUCGCUGGCAAACAAUGCCGUUGACGCUACAGCUCGUGUGCUGCUGUCCGAAUUCGCUGGCAAACAAUGGCAAACGAUGCCGUUGGUGCUACAGUUCGUGUGCUGCUGUCCGAAUUCGCUGGCAAACAAUUGCCACUGA